AUGUCAGACUCUACCUUCCACACCACUACACAAGACAUCCGUAAGGCUGAGUCCAAGGUUGCCCAAUCACACGAUGGCAAGACCCCAGCAGACUCCGACGUCUCUCAAAUGAAGUCCAUCAUCGAUCAAAACACCAACAAGCCCGAGGAAAUCGAGAAGACCAAGGACAACCUGCCUCUACCCGAGAAACCUCCAGUUGCCAGUGAUUUUAACUCCCUUGACCAUCGUACCACUGAUGUUGGCUCUGGACGAUUCGAGUUCCCUCCUGAUAACAGUGGCCUGCGCGAGGGUGCAGCUGCCAGCAGUAGCGCCCGCGUUGAUGGCAAGGAGCUGCAUAAGACCACUGCCCCAUGA